AUGGGGACUGCAGCGGCGGCGACGGCGGCGGCCGGGGAGGGGGCGCGCGGCCCGAGCCCCGCCGCCGUGUCGCUCGGCCUGGGCGUGGCUGUGGUGUCGAGCCUGGUGAACGGGUCCACGUUCGUGCUGCAGAAGAAAGGCAUCGUGCGUGCCAAGCGCCGAGGUACGUCCUACUUAACAGACAUUGUGUGGUGGGCUGGCACAAUUGCAAUGGCUGUUGGGCAGAUUGGAAACUUCCUGGCUUACACUGCAGUGCCCACUGUUCUGGUGACUCCCCUGGGUGCCCUUGGAGUACCAUUUGGGUCCAUUUUAGCUUCUUAUCUUCUGAAGGAAAAGCUCAACAUCUUGGGCAAGUUGGGGUGUCUGCUAAGCUGUGCAGGCUCUGUCGUGCUGAUUAUCCACUCCCCAAAGUCUGAGAGUGUGACAACUCAGGCCGAACUGGAGGAGAAGCUGACCAAUCCAGUGUUCGUGGGCUACCUGUGCAUUGUGCUGCUCAUGUUGCUGCUGCUCAUCUUCUGGAUUGCACCGGCCCAUGGGCCCACCAACAUCAUGGUCUACAUCAGCAUCUGCUCUCUGCUGGGGAGUUUCACCGUGCCCUCCACCAAGGGCAUUGGGCUGGCAGCCCAAGACAUCCUGCACAAUAAUCCAUCCAGUCAGAGAGCCCUCUGCCUGUGCCUGGUGCUCCUGGCUGUGCUGGGCUGCAGCAUCAUUGUCCAGUUCAGGUACAUCAACAAGGCCCUGGAGUGCUUCGACUCCUCCGUGUUCGGGGCCAUCUACUAUGUGGUGUUCACCACACUGGUCCUACUGGCCUCAGCUAUCCUCUUCCGGGAAUGGAGCAACGUGGGCCUGGUGGACUUCUUGGGCAUGGCCUGUGGAUUCACAACCGUUUCUGUGGGAAUUGUACUUAUACAGGUGUUCAAAGAGUUCAACUUCAACCUUGGAGAGAUGAACAAAUCCAAUAUGAAAACAGACUAGGAUGCAAUCAAGGAUUGGGGGCUGAGGAACAGGCUUUGGGAGGGUCUCUGGUUCUGAAUAGAUGUGGAGUAGAGGAGGCCCUCAGUCCCUGGUGUGAGUUGCUUGUGUACUAAUGGAUGCUCUAGUGGACAGUGGGGAGCCUGUCUUUGGCACCAGGGUAUAGCCCAGACCUCUGUAGCUCAAAGCUCCCAACAGUUGGCUGGGUAUCAUCUCUCUCUGACCAGACAAAUCCCAUUUUCAUUUCCAUUAACCUAGAAGCUUUCAUGACUACUCUUUUAAAACAUUUUAACAUGAUUUAAUCAGAAUGUAAGGAUCAGCUCUUUCUGGUUAGUCUUACAGGGGAGCAAAUAUUUUUACUUUGAAGGUUACUUUGGAAGUGGAAGAAAUUGUUUGCAAUCUGGUUCUGUAUAGUAUGUGUGACUGAAUUUGUGUUUGUGUUAAGCAUGUAUAACAUCCAGGUACCUCAUUUAAAUAAGAGGUAUAUGCAUUGAUUUUUCUUUGUUCCUCUAACAAAUGGAGUACUCCCCCACACCCACCCUAAGACAUUUUAAUAGCAAGUAGAGAGAGAAGAGUAAGUGAAUGUGAUGCAUUGUCCCAUUGGCAGGACUUUUCAAUAGCGCAAAUCAAUUUCAGUGCCUUUAUCACUUGAAUUACUCACUUAAUUUGACUAUUACUGUGUAUAUGUUCAAUGUUCAAAUUACAAAUAUGUAAAGUAGUUAGAAAUAAUAGUAUAUUUAUUGGAAGGUAGUCAAAACUACCUAACACAAUAGAGCAAACUGACCCAUAUGUAUGUAGCUGUUGUCCAAUAAAGACCACUGAUUAAAUAGCAUGAGAUAUUUUAUUUGCAUUUAACUUAUGUAACUUGGAUCCACUAUAAAAAACAUCCACAUUGUUUUAGGAAGCAUUUGUGGCCAUUCAGAAGAAAUAAACUUGAACUUGACAAUAUGGCUGUGAAAUGUGACUACUGUCUAGUAGCACAUCCACUGAGUACACUUUAAUACAGGAACAAGGCAAAGCACACAGCUGAGCUUAGCUCCUACAAAACAGAAUCCACAUAGCUUUUAAAGGGAAGAAAACAAUUUAGCCCUCUCAUUUUAAAUGGUAGAGCCUUCUAAAGUUCCUUAUUCAACCUCUUACUAAACCUCAUUAGCAUGUACAAAGCCCUGAGUUUGCUCCCCAGCAUCAAAAAACAAACUACAAAACAAACCUCUUCCUAAUGUAAAACUUCCAUUAAUCAUUUUAGUAUUUUGGACCACAGAUUAUUCUUCUGUGCAAGAGAACCUUCCACAUAUAUUAAAUUAGAGCAAUACAUGAAGGGUUAGAAAUAUUUUAUCAUGACAUUGCACAUUUCACAUGAACUGUUUUAUCUAAAUAGAGGGGCCAUGCCAACGGGAAAAAUGGGGUUGGGAGAAGAAGAUUAGGUGAGGUAGAAUGCACAAUUUAAUAAUACCCAAUUAAAGUUUCUCACUCUUCAGGCAAGCGCCUUAACUGUUGAGCCAUCUCUUCAGCCCCAAAAUUUCUUAUUUUUCUUGGUAAAAAGAACAUUUCUAAAGUAAAGACCCAAGGAAUAGUUCAAUAAACUUGAACAAAGAGGCUAAAUGAAACUAUUCUAGUUUAACAUAAAGGAAGCUGGUUUUCUGGUGGCCUUACUCAUGGCUCAGAUUUUAUGAAAUGAAGAUAUAUGUAUAUAUUGAUCAUGGUUUAUCAGAUUUAUGAAGAGCAACAAAAUAAUUUAAAAACUUUAUAUUACGUGGUAGUUAGUGAAUACUCAAAACAUUCACUUUUAAAAAUCAGUAUUAAUAGAAAUACAGGCCUUAAUUUAUUGAAUUUAACAUAACUGAAAGUGUUAAGUAGCAGAAAUAAUGUAGUUUUUGGUAUAAAGUUUUCUGAGGUGAAGUGUUGGAGAAAGAAAGUAGCUAUGUCAGUAUAAUGAAAGCAUAUGUGAAAAUUACAUUUCUUUUACUGCAGCUUACAUGUGAAGAUUAGUUUAAAUGCUUUUUCUUUUUUUGUUUUUGAUUUUCAAGGUAGGGUUUCACUCUAGCCUAGGCUGACUAGGAAGUCAUUGUGUAGUCUCAGGGUGGCCUCAAGCUCACAGCCAUCCUCCUACCUCUGCCUCCCUGAGUGCUGGGAUUAAAGGUGUGCGCCACCGCACCCAGCGUCUAAAUGCAUCUUUUGUUGUACUUUACAUUUUAAACCCACAGUUAUACCAUGAAUAUUCAGAGAGGAUAGUUUGUAUUCUCUUUUUUUUUUUUUUAUUUUUCAGACUGAAACAAUAUGUCAUGGUACUAAUAGCUCUUCUCUUUCUGUGGUGACUGGUCCUGGAAGAGUCAGAAUCUCCCAGGUCAGCAGGCUGACUCAGUGGGAUACAGGCUUUUGUUCCAAAGGAACAAAAAUUUUGUCAUUCAUUGUUUUUCAAGCCUGAUAGUGAGCUCCAAGUAAUUGUCAUAACUAGGAUCUAAUGGCCUCAUUUUCACAUGUAACAUAGAGCAGUUUAGAUUUAAUGAAUUUUUAUAAAUUGAGUUUUUCAUAAUUCAUUUGGAAAUGCAAAGGAAAGAAAUAUCUCAAAGAGCUUGGGGGAGGUCCUAGAAAACAAAUGGAUCACUUAUUGGUCUUUCCAACAGUAAAUGAAUAAGAAACAUUUUCACUAUUAUUAUUAGUAGUAGUAGUAGUAUUUGCAAUGCUGGGGAUGGAACCCAGAGCCUGGGGCAUGCCAGGCCAGGGCUCUUCUGCUGAGCCUCCCUUGCAACCUCAUUGUGUUAUUCUUUGGAUUUUAUCUAUGAAAAAAAAAAAAAAAGAAUGAAUGAAUUCCUA